AUUUUCCAAAUAUGAGCUAUAGUUUUAUGCAAUAUCACAUUAAUUUUCUUCUCUUAUCUAGAAAAAACAAAAGGCAUGGCUCAAAUUGCUAAGCUUGAGGCUAAGGCAGAGAUUACAAGUCCUCCUGCAAAGGUGUAUGAUUUCUUCAAAUAUAACCUAAACAACUUUGUCCAUGUGUUCCCACAGGUCUUCAAAAGUGCCAAGUUAAUUGAAGGAGAGGAAGGCUGUGCUGGAAAUGUCAAGCUCGUCGAAUAUGUACUCGGUAAGGCAAUGAGCUUGAAGGUGAAGACUGAUGAAAUAAAUGAUGGAGAGAGAUCCAUGACAAUGAGAGCUGUUGAAGGGGACAUUUUGCAGUUAUACUCUACAUUCGUGUGCAAAAUUAGUAUCACCGAUGGCUCUGUGAAUUGGAGUUUUGAGUUCGAGAAAAACAAUGAGUCAGCACCUAAUCCAGAUGACUAUGCUAAACUUGCCACUAAGCUUUCAAAAGUUUUGGAUCUUUACCUUCUCAGCAAUUGAUCAUCUCAUCAUCUUCAAUCCAAGUGCUCAAAAACUACAUAAUUUAAUCAAACCCAUACUACUGUACGCAAUAACGUCGUCACUUCGACUUAUCCUAUGUAAUGUCCUUUUAUAUCUACGCGUGUAUGUAUUAUUUAAGUUUACUUCGCAUAAA